AUGUCUUUGUUAAAUGCGUCCUUUGUGGACGCCAUUCGCAUCACGCCUGAAGGCAACAACAAGUAUAGCGCUCAUCUCCAUCGCGAUUGGUGCAUUGGAACUGGUACCGAUUACCUCCCCCCCCCGUCCUCCAUCUCCAUCUCCUAUGGUAUAUUUCACUAUACCAGCGAGAAAAAAAAACGUUUCCACGAUACUGACCAACAUGUGAUUUCCCAACCCUCUCCAGUCCCCCAUGGAGGCUACACCGCUGCUCUUCUCUACAAUCUCGCCCUGACACACUUUGCCCACGCCCACCCCAAACAAUACGAUGCCCCCGCCACGCCCAUCUCCCUCCAACUUUCCUUCCUCCGGCGCACAGCCGCCGGCCCCGCCAUCCUCCACGUCCAAGAUGUAAAGAUCGGUCUCCGCACCAGCACCAUCCACGUUCAACUCCUCCAACCCUCCGAAAAAGCCCCCGACCAGCUCGCCGUCAACGUCGCCGGCUACAUCACCGUCAGCCCGCCCUCCGCUGAAGUCGAUCUGGCCGCGCUCGCGCGCACCGGCCACGACGGCGCAUGGACGAAAUUGGACCCGCCGUAUGCGGAUUUCCGCCGCGCCGCGUCCCAGCUGGAACUGUACGGGCCGGGCAAGGGCCAGACGCAGCAGCAGCGCACGGGGACCAUGGCAAUUGACCAGUGGGCGCGGUUCCGACCCGGUGGCGAGGCGAGUGGGCGCUGGACAGACGCCGCGGUGGUGUAUUUGCUGGAUAUGUUCCCGAUGGCGUUGGAAGGGUUUGAUACCAUGUCCGCGACGGCGGUGGCCAAGGAGAAAGGCGAGCCGGUGCCCGAGUCGAUGGCGAAUUUCUGGUAUCCGACGGUGACGCUGAAUAUUGAUAUGAAGAAGCGGUUGCCGCGGGAGGGGGUGGAGUGGUUGUAUAGUCGGGUGGUCACGAAAGUGGUGCGGGAUGGUCGCACGGAUCUGGAGGUGACGGUGUUGGAUGAGAAGGGGGAGGUGGUGGCGCUGAGUACGCAGGUGGGCUUGGUGGUGAGUGCGAGUCGCAAUCUGGGGUCGAGAAAGUGGCAGAAGUUGUAA